AUGAGACAUACGAACACCAUCUCUACCAACACCACGUCUGCCCACACUGCCUCUACCAACACCACGUCUGCCCACACUACCUCUACCAACACCACGUCUGCCCACAUUGCCUCUACCAACACCACGUCUGCCCACAUUACCUCUACCAACACCACGUCUGCCCACACUACCUCUACCAACACCACGUCUGCCCACAUUGCCUCUACCAACACCACGUCUGCCCACAUUACCUCUACCAACACCACGUCUGCCCACACUACCUCUACCAACACCACGUCUGCCCACACUACCUCUUCCAACACCACGUCUGCCCACAUUACCUCUACCAAAACCACGUCUGCCCACAUUGCCAUUACCAACACGAAGUUUGCCCACACCACCUCUACCAACACCAAUCCUGCCCACACCACUUCCACCAACUUCCCUUCCCACAGCAUAGGAAAGAGCCUUAAAAUGGGUUACCUGCUGCCGUGGAUGGCGCUGAUUGGCUGGAGCAACAGCCAGUCAGAUGCUCUCAAUACAUCUCCCGAAGUCAAGGCUUGA